UUUUGGACAGCGGACUUUUGACUCCAGACGACAAGCUGUGUGUAGGUGGAUCUGUCCAUUUCUUUGUUGGUCAUCUGUUGCUCGGACUCACGGUAGACGGCUCAACUGUACGAUCUGACCCAGGAUGACGUAUUCUCUGCUUGUUCUGGCGACUCUCGGUAAGUCAACCGAACACUUUCAAAGAACAAUUUCGGGUGGUCUUUGCGUUUGGAAGAAAUGGGGGCGGGUCCCAAGCCAAAAUAGCGAGAUGGAAAGCAGUGCUAAACAUGAAUGAAUUAUAGCGUGGAAAGUGUCACCUUGAAGACACAAUGGAACAAUACUUGUCAAGAAAUGUCUAUGAAAAUGUCGGGCUAAAGUAAUUACACAAAAGAAACGAAAGUAAUAGGAUUUUAAAUUUAAAAAAAAAAAGAAAUUGAACUUUUACAGAUCAACAAAGUCUAUUCAUUCUGUCUAGGUUGUCGGGGAAACAUAUGAAUUCUGCAGAGUUAUUCGACUUUAAUACAAUGCAAUUGCCUGGGUUUAGUGAAAUGGGUAUAAUUGUUAAGCUAUUCUCAACCUAUUGUGGGUGUCAUGGCGUCGAUGCCGGGUACGGCUAACCAAAUGAUGUGUACUACUUUAGUCAAAGUGUUCCUUUCUCUUUGUAUUUCCUCCCACACAUACCUGUGUUAACAAAAUAACAUCGAACACACAGAGAAAUAAAACCUAAAUAUAAGUUUAUUCAAGACAAAAACGAAGUGCACACGUGAAAGGUCAGUUCCACACACUAUUUUAACAACAUGAUAUUGAAAACAAUGAGUACAGAUGAAUAGAAUGUGACACUAGAACGUGUGUGAAUAUAGUACUGUUGAACUUGACAAGUGAACAUCCAUAAAUAUUGUACUGUUGAACUUGACAAGUGAACAUGCAUAAAUAUAGUACUGUUGAACUUGACAAGUGGACAUCCAUAAAUAUAGUACUGUUGAACGUGACAAGUGAACAUCCAUAAAUAUAGUACUGUUGAACUUGACAAGUGAACAUGCAUAAAUAUAGUACUGUUGAACUUGACAAGUGAACAUCCAUAAAUAUAGUACUGUUGAACGUGACAAGUGAACAUCCAUAAAUAUAGUACUGUUUAACUUGACAAGUGAACAUUCAUAAAUAUAGUACUGUUGAACUUGACAAGUGGACAUCCAUAAAUAUAGUACUGUUGAACUUGACAAGUGAACAUGCAUAAAUAUAGUACUGUUGAACUUGACAAGUGAACAUCCAUAAAUAUAGUACUGUUGAACUUGACAAGUGAACAUCCAUAAAUAUAGUACUGUUCAAUUUGACAAGUGAACAUGCAUAAAUAUAGUACUGUUGAACUUGACAAGUGAACAUCCAUAAAUAUAGUACUGUUGAACGUGACAUAUGAACGUGCGUGAAUAUAGAUUAAUGCUGAACGUGACACAUGAACGUGGUCGAACGUGAGAGGUGAACAUUGUCGAGCGUGACACGUGAACGUGCUUGAACAUUUCAAACAGCGAAAUCUGCUUCCAUGUUGAAAUGUUCCUUGGUUGAAACGCUAUAUAAGAACAAGAAAAUUAAAUUAAAGCAUACACAUUGAGAAUUUUUAUCACCCUUGUUUCUGUGUUCUGGAGUUGGGGUGUCAAGGUAUUAGAACCCCCGAGAGUCUGUUGUGAGUGGAUAGUUCUUCGUUUUGAAUGAGAACGCAGAGUUCAUGUGCCUGAAUGCGAACUGGACUAUGAGCUUAGCAAGAUACAAGGUGGUCGGUAGUGUGAAGGAAGGUGGUCGGUAGUGUGAAGGAAGGUGGUCGGUAGUGUGAAGGAAGGUGGUCGGUAGUGUGAAGGAAGGUGGUCGGUAGUGUGAAGGAAGGUGGUCGGUAGUGUGAAGGAAGGUGGUCGGUAGUGUGAAGGAAGGUGGUCGGUAGUGUGAAGGAAGGUGGUCGGUAGUGUGAAGGAAGGUGGUCGGUAGUGUGAAGGAAGGUGGUCGGUAGUGUGAAGGAAGGUGGUCGGUAGUGUGAAGGAAGGUGGUCGGUAGUGUGAAGGAAGGUGGUCGGUAGUGUGAAGGAAGGUGGUCGGUAGUGUGAAGGAAGGUGGUCGGUAGUGUGAACGUAUGGCAAGAUGAAAGGAUUUACAAGUAAGGAAUCAAUUAUUGUCUACAUGUCACUGACAUUCACGUGCCUCCCUUUCAGCGCUGGUCUGCUUGACCACUGGUCAGCUCAACCCGCAGACACAGUGCGGCCAACAAGCCCAGACGUGCUACAACCAGAACAAAGACAACAUCAGGAAGAAGUUCGAUGAGCUCGACUUUCGUGGAGGCUGCAAGUAUGUAUAGGACAAGUAGGAUAGUAUUGACAAGUAGGAUAGUAUUGACAAGUAGGAUAGUAUUGACAAGUAGGAUAGUAUUGACAAGUAGGACGUUAAGGACAACAACAAAGAAAGGACUUCUAUAGGACAGGUCAAAUCAUCCGGGAAACUAAAGCGAAUAGGACAGAUUGACACAACAAGCACUGGCAGAACAAUCACACGCACAAAGGAGUGGGGCGUUGGAGGGGGUAGAGACAUUCAGUUGAACUAGAUCUGGCGCACACAUACUGUUUGUAUGUUGCGUAAAAAGAUGUAUUUAAAUUUCUUCAUAGUGUUGAAGCUAAUUUUUUUUUAAAAUAUUUUUUUUUAAAUAUUUUUUUAUGAAAACCAUUGGAUCAAAGUAAAAAGCUACAUACUUCUUAACAGUAGUUUUUAUAUCUAAGGAUUGGCCUGACAUUAACUGCAGUCAUAUCUAAGGAUUGGCCCGAGUUUAACCGCAGUCCCAUCCAAGGAUUGACUUGACUUGAACUGCAGUCAUAUCCAAGGAUUGGCCUGAUUUUAACUGAAGUAAUAUCCAAGGAUUAGCCUCAAGCCAACUAAUAUCCUCAUGAUCUAUGUCUAUCCCCAAGGAUGUCAUCCAAGGAUUGUCCUGACUCAGUCCUCAUGUCAACUAAUGCCCUCAUGAUCUAUGUCUAUCCCCAAGGAUGUCAUCCAAGGAUUGUCCUGACUCAGUCCUCAAGACAACUAAUGCCCUCAUGAUCUAUGUCUAUCCCCAAGGAUGCCAUUCAAGGAUUGUCCUGACUCAGUCCUCAUGUCAACUAAUGCCCUCAUGAUCUAUGUCUAUCCCCAAGGAUGCCAUUCAAGGAUUGUCCUGACUCAGUCCUCAUGUCAACUAAUAUCCUCAUGAUCUAUGUCUAUCCCCAAUGAUGCCAUCCAAGGAUUGUCCUGACUCAGUCCUCAUGACAACUAAUGCCCUCAUGAUCUAUGUCUAUCCCUAAGGAUGCAAUUCAAGGAUUGUCCUGACUCAGUCCUCAUGACAACUAAUGCCCUCAUGAUCUAUGUCUAUCCCCAAGGCCCAAGGAUGCCAUUCAAGGAUUGUCCUGACUCAGUCCUCAUGACAACUAAUGCCCUAAUGAUCUAUGUCUAUCCCCAAGUAUGCCAUUCAAGGAUUGGCCUGACUCAGUCCUCAUGACAACUAAUGCCCUAAUAAUCUAUUUCUAUCCCCAAGGAUGCCAUUCAAGGAUUGGCCUGACUCAGUCCUCAUGUCAACUAAUGCCAUUAUGAUCUAUUUCUAUCCCCAGGGAUGCCAUUCAAGGAUUGUCCUGACUCAGUCCUCAUGUCAACUGAUGCCAUUAUGAUCUAUUUCUAUCCCCAGGGAUGCCAUUCAAGGAUUGUCUUGACUCAGUCUUCAUGUCAACUAAUGCCAUUAUGAUCUAUUUCUAUCCCCAAAGAUGCCAUUCAAUGAUUGGCCUGAAUCAGUCCUCAUGUCAACUCAUGCCAUUAUGAUCUAUGUCUAUCCCCAAGGAUGCCAUCCAAGGAUUGUCCUGACUCAGUCCUCAUGUCAACUAAUGCCAUUAUGAUCUAUUUCUAUCCCCAAAGAUGCAAUUCAAGGAUUGGCCCGACUCAGUCCUCAUGUCAACUAAUGCCCUCAUGAUCUAUGUCUAUCCCCAAGGAUGCCAUCCAAGGAUUGUCCUGACUCAGUCCUCAUGUCAACUAAUAUCCUCAUGAUCUAUUUCUAUCCCCAGGGAUGCCAGAACGCUCUUCUCGUGUUUGAACGGAGUGCCCGGCGCUGACGCUUGUAACGAACUUCAGACGUUCAAGAAUUUAGCCAUCAACACGACCGACGGAAUCUGCCGUAAUUUCCCAUUGAACCCAACUUUUAUUUAACAUAAUUUAAACCAUAAAGAACUAGUAUUAACUCUAACAUACUUCAAGGCUCCAAAUAACUCACCCAGAGGAUAAAAACGAAAAUAGGAUAAUUCUGCUUAGGAAAACAAUAACAUUUUAAAAAGUGCAUCCCAAAACAAUUAACAUUUAACGAAACAAAUUAUAUGUCCUUGACAUUCACCAGUAACCUUUGACACCCCCCUCCCCCCGAGCCCUAAUGUAUGCACAGCUCACUUUUAAUUAACCCAAAGAAAAGACAAACAGAUAUAAGUCAUAAAUUGUUAUCAUUACCUUGUUUGUUAAAUCUGACGGCUGAUUUUUAAAUGGAAAGUUGUGGCAAAGUGGUUUUAAGUGAGUGAAGAAAAAUAUGGUAUUAAAGUAAGCAUAUCCCACAGUCUCUGGAAGUAGACGCUUUGGUGAAGAUUGCAUGAUGGUUUGAUUUUCUUUUCCUUAUCUCAUCGACUUUUGUGGCUAUAGACAAUAGACAUACCAUAUACCAUUGACCCGUUAUCUCAAAGACUUUUGUGGCUAUAGACAAUAGAUAUUUUGUUUACAAUUGACUCGUUAUCGCAGUAAAAUUUAAUUCAAUGAAAAAACGAUUGAAAUAAUUUCACGUUGCAUUUUCCACAUCUUCUUUAAUGGCCAGACUGCACACCAAAUAUUGGGCGCUGAUUUACUUAGACUGUAUCGAAUAUGUUUUCAAAUAGUUAUUUUCACAUUGAGUUGUUACUGUUUUAUCCUCCCCAGAGCCUGGAGGCGAGGGCACCACGAUUUGUGCUGACCGACUAGGUCCGUGCCUGCAGUACGCCUUUAUCAUUAAAAACGAUUUCGCCAACAGCAACGCCACUCAAGCGUGCCCGUAAGUUCGCACAAGUUUGAGUUAGUGUGCGGGGACGGGGGGGAGGGGGGGGCCGGGGGGGGGCAACAAACUCCUCGGGGCCUUCCGUAAGUACGUCACGUUCAUAUUUUAUGUAUACCCCGGUAUAUAUAUAUGCUCUGAUAACUUACCAAGUGCUACCAAUCACUCAUAAUAUAUCACCAUAAAUUUAAAUUUGGGCCCAAUACCAAAACACAUCUACUUAUUACUGAAAACAAAUGAACAUUUUAUUAGCUCAGGGACGCAAAUGUCACUUUCGGUAUUUCAUGGGUAGAAAAUGACACUUCUAUUUUCUCAUGGAUGCAAACGACACUUCUGAUAUUUCACGGACGGAAAUGACACCUCUGGUAUUUCAGGGCCCUGAACCAGCUCAACUCGUGUGCUGAGGACAUCAUGAAACAGAAUUCCUGCAAUCCAAAUAUCAACAAACAACUGAAUCGUGCCAGAACAGCGCUCAGCGAGGACAUCAUGCUCAACGGAUGUGGUAAGUGUGGCGCGGCUUGAAGUUCACGUUCAUUGUAAUGUAUCGUCCGCCAGUCGGAAUCCUCUAUGACCCACUGAAGCAUCAUAUCAUCAUUGAAUUCAUGUCCAGCCGCCUGGGCCAUACUACAGUAAAUGUGAUCCCUAUGAAUCCAUCUGUCUUUGGAAGACUCGCCCUCCACAGAAAGACUUUUUGCUUGCUCAGAUUUUCUCUUUUAUCGUGCGACUAAGAAUACACGAUCGUGCUAAUAAAAAAAUAUUAUUAUAGACAGCCUGUUACCAAUAACUGCGACAACAUAUUAUGUGGUCCAGGCGUAUGCAACAUUGUGUGCAAAUGUCCGUAAAAACGUAUGUUCUUUUGUAGCGGAUCGCAUGAUAUGUACCUAGGAACAGAGACAUUCUAGACUCGGUAGACAAUGGAUUGAUACAAAAAUGUUGGUUAAUUUAAAAAUAAUUAUAAUUAGGUGACAGCAAGCAGAUAACAUCUGUCAAUAUUUACUGGUUAAUAGUGAAGAUCAUCUUUCAAUUUUCUGUUAUGAUAUUUGAGUCACGGAGUCUCAGUUCGACAAUGUCACAGCUUGAGUCUUAUAUUUCGUAAAAUCAUUUACCAUUUCGAAACAUUAUGGAAACUUUAUUUUUUUUGUGAAUAUCAUUUCAAUGUUUGUCUAUAACUUUUACCCCCAACCCCCCAAUCCCCUCAGAUGGACCUUGUGCACAGGCCAUAGGCAAAUGUCAACUUAAGCUGGCCGGAGACGUGUCCAGUCAACCCUUGUCCAAAACUAACUGGACCGACUUCUGUAUGUAAGUUGGGAGCUCAGGGGGGAGGGGAGCGACCUUAGCAACUGACAGACUAGUGUUGUCAGGGCUAGGCGCCAUAAGCUACUGAUAGACUCUCGUGUAGUCAUAGCUGUAUUUAUGUUAAACUAUACAUGAAUACCAUGAAAAUAAGAGGUGCCAGCAAAGAAUCUAUGAGUUAAAACAAGUCUCACACAGACACGUUAGUUCCUGUAAAAGUACCAGCAAAGAAUCUAUCAGUUCAAACAAGUCUCACACAGACACGUAAGUUCCUGUAAAAGUACCAGCAAAGAAUCUAUCAGUUCAAACAAGUCUCACACAGACACGUAAGUUCCUGUAAAAGUACCAGCAAAGAAUCUAUCAGUUCAAACAAGUCUCACACAGACACGUUAGUUCCUGUAAAAGUACCAGCAAAGAAUCUAUCAGUUCAAACAAGUCUCAAACAGACACGUUAGUUCCUGUAAAAGUACCAGCAAAGAAUCUAUCAGUUCAAACAAGUCUCAAACAGACACGUUAGUUCCUGUAAAAGUACCAGAAAAGAAUCUAUCAGAUCAAACAAGUCUCAAACAGACACGUUAGUUCCUGUAAAAGUACCAGCAAAGAAUCUAUCAGUUCAAACAAGUCUCACACAGACACGUUAGUUCCUGUGUAGAGAUCACAUGCAUGGAUUAGCAAAUGCCAAACCUCGUGUUAAAAUGUUCAUUUCAUAAUUGCCAUGAGUUAAUUAUGUUAUCGAUGAUAAAUUGUACGUUCAGUAUGUGUGUAGCCGGGGGAGGGGGGGGGUUAAAGGGGGGUUUUCUCAACUCUUUUGUAUGACAUGGAACCCUUUUAGCAUCUUGGUCCUGGUGUACUUCUGGUGAGGAUGUUGCCAUCGAAUGGCAUUCAAUGCCAAGUGGCCACACAAAAAAAUCAAGUUUUAUUGAUUUUAAUAAUUGUUUUUUAAAAGUGAUGUUUCUUGACACAUGUUGGCAUAUUUAAAGUGAUGUUUCUUGACACAGGAUGGCAUAUUUAAAGUGAUGUUUCUUGACACAGGGUGGCAUAUUUAAAGUGAUGUUUCUUGACACAUGAUGGCAUAUUUAAAGUGAUGUUUCUUGACACAGGGUGGCAUAUUUAAAGUGAUGUUUCUUGACACAUGGUGGCAUAUUUAAAGUGAUGUUUCUUGACACAUGGUGGCAUUUUAAAUUGAUGUUUCUUGACACAUGAUGGCAUAUUUAAAGUGAUGUUUCUUGACACAUGAUGGCAUAUUUAAAGUGAUGUUUCUUGACACAUAAUGGCAUAUUUAAAGUGAUGUUUCUUGGCACAGGGUGGCAUAUUUAAAGUGAUGUUUCUUGACACAUGGUGGCAUAUUUAAAGUGAUGUUUCUUGACACGUGAUGGCAUGUUUGAAGUGAUGUUUCUUAACACAUGAUGGCAUAUUUAAAGCGAUGUUUCUUGACACAUGAUGGCAUAUUUGAAGUGAUGUUUCUUGACACAGGAUGACAUAUUUAAAGAGAUGAUUCUUGACACAGGAUGGCAUAUUUAAAGUGAUGUAUCUUGACACAGGGUGGCAUAUUUAAAGUGAUGUGUCUUGACACAUGGUGGCAUGUCUUUGCACUUGUGCAAUGCUUUGAAUACUUACACUUAAAUUGUUGUAAUUUAUUUUUUUUAUCGUAAUCAGAAGGUUUGUGAAUAUGCUGAAAAUGAAUACCGGUAUACACCAUGUCAUCUAAAAUUGUCUCCAUUUAUUUGGAUCAAUAAAAUAAUGUAAUCUUAUCUUAUCUUGUCUUAUGUCAUGUAUGAUUUUCCAGCCAGGGCUUCAGUGCGAUCAAUUGUGUGGGUAACCUGUCAUCCACCUCGGGAGCGUGCAGGGGUAGCAGUGACCCACAGUUGGUAAAGACCAUGAUGAACAGCUAUACAGCUUACUUGAAGGAUUACUGCAGUGAGUAGAUUAUACCAGAGCCAUCGAUGCAUGGGCCCUGCAACCUGGGAUAUUUAAUGAACCCAAAAAUGUAAUAGAUAAAAAAAUUAUAAUUAAACGAUCAACUUUGAAUGCAUGGGGGGGGGGUGGAAAUUGGCGGGGGUGGAGGCUCCGAUAGUCACGCGGCGACGGCGCUGUCCAUAGUCAACGGUUAUGAAAGGUCAAAGGUCUAAAAAUGUAACCAUCAUUCCCACUUUGCAAAUUGUCCAAUGACUUCAAUAUUUAAAACAUCUUGUAGUUUUGUAAAUUUGACAACACUAUUUGCACAAGUUAUAGUUCUAGCAAAUGUUUUUGUUGUUGUUGUUGUUGUUAUACCGGUAAUUGGCGCUAACUGGACCACAAAAAGAGCUUCUAAUUACUGGUACGGGAUUUGGAGCAGUAGAUGGAUUUGUUCAAAAACUGUUUCACUUCACAACACACCAGUUUAGCUCAAGUUUAGAAUGGGUCUACGCAACAUCCGUGCCAAAAUUAAUCCAAGCUUACUGUUCUGUUCCGGCAGAGUUUUUUUUAAAAAUACGUAUAUAAUUUUUUUUAAUGACACUACACAAGCUUGGAAACAAAAACGACAAAAAGUCUUGCUGUCAUCAAGAAAGAAUCAUACCAUCAUGCCGUCAUGGCCACAUGCCAUCAUACCAUCAUGCCACCAUAUCAUAAUGCCGUCAUGGCCACAUGCCAUCAUACCAUCAUGCCACCAUACCUUCAUACCAUCAUUCCACCAUACCAUCAUGCCACCAUUCCAUUAUGCCUCCAUAACAUUAUGCCCCCAUACCUUCAUUCCACCAUACCAUUAUGCCACCAUACCAUCAUGCCACCAUACCAUCAUGCCACCAUACCAUCAUGCCGCCAUGCCACCAUGCCGCCAUACCAUCAUGCCACCAUACCAUCAUGUCACCAUACCAUCAUGUUUUCAAAGUUUAACUUCCGUCAAUAAGAAACUGCCGUAGAUAAUGUUUAUUUGUUUUUUCAAACAACAACAACAACAACAACCAACGAGAUCGAAGCAUUGUUCAGAAAGUUCGAGAACAGGAGAGCCCAAGGCCAAACUAGACUUACACUACCUUGGAAAAUAGUCUUUGUUGCUGCUGUUGUUGUUCUGGUAGUGUUCGUUGCUGCAUCCAUGUACUGGCAUCUGUGCAACGGUUGGGGGGCGAUGAUGCUAUUCUAACAGCUCCUAGCAGAUGCCAGGGCAGCAUUAAAGCUUUCGACCCGAUGUCGAGUCCACGGCGGCAUUGUCCAGGUGUUUCCAAGCGAUGAUUGUGCGUGGGAAAAAAUUAUUGUUGAUACUGCACUGUGUUACACCGAGGCACGAUGAAGCAUUUGCUGUUGUUUCGGGUGUAAUUGUUUAAUCAGUGGUGAAAUCAGUGUUCAGUGAGCGUUUCGCUCUGAUCAGUCUACCCGGCUUCUGUGGGGUGAGGUACGUGCCUGCUGGGAUGGCCGGCGCCAGUCCCAUGACCACUUUGUAUAAGAAUGUCAGGCGGAGCUCCUCUCGUCUGUCUUUAAGGGGAAGGAUGUCAAAUCUUUUUAAGAGGUCAGUGACGAAGCCAGGAGUGGUGGAUUUGUGGUCACGUGCGAUGAAGCGCACCGCGUUACGUUGGAUUCGCUCCAUCUUGUCCACGUCAUGCUUUAGGUGUGGGUGGCAGAUGAUCGCACCGUAGUCUAAUAGUGGACGGACGAGUGCAAGAUAGGCAUUUCGUUUGCAGGAAGUUGGGCAGGGGCGCAGAUUUCUUCGAAUGAACCCAAGUGUGGAGUUAGCUUUUUUGAAACUUUGUUUAUAUGGGGCGACCAUUUUAGGUUAUUUGAGUAGAGAAUUCCAAUGUAUGGAUUAUUUGAUACUUUUUAGAGAAUAGUCUCGUCUAGUGAGCACAUAUAGGUUGAUGUUGUUGUUUUUUUUUCUUGAGAUGCUCAUCCUGUAGCAUUUGGUUUGCUUUUUUUUUAAGGUGGGGGAGUGGGGAGAGUAUUACUAUUACAUUACAUUUCGUUUUUCUUAAAGUGACGUUUUUGUAUAUAAACUGAAAAAAAAAAAUGGUGCGAAAAUAAUCGUCAUUACACUAGUCACUAUAAAAAUAUCAAACUUCAAAGACUCAAAGUUUCCUAUUUAGUUUCCUAUUUUUAAAAAAAAAUAUCAUUUUCCUGUGCCUGUCAUGUGAAUGUCAAGCUUACUUCCUCAUGGUUUAAUCCGACAGCCGACACCGGUGCGCCAUCCCAGUGCAUGGUUGGACUUGAGCUGUGCAAGGUUGACCUCACCACCUUGACAUCCAAGUCCACUGUCGACCAGGAGUGCGCGUGA